GAAAUCAAAAACGAAAACCAAGCAUUAAAAAAUAAAUUAGCAUUAGCCGAGGAAUUAUUAAAGCAACUCGAAUUAGAACAAAGUCAAAAGUUAGCAGCCCAAAUCCAAAUUCCUCCCAAGGAUUAG